UGUUUAAAUUUUUUAAUUGAAUUACACAUGUACAAAUACUAAAAUAAAAUAUUAUUACUGCACUUUAUUCAUAAUUGGUGCAAUUUUCUGACACUUUUAUAGAAAAGUUUGCACGUGCAUAAAUAUGUGUAUUUUGUACUCUGUGUGUGUGUGUGUACGCGCUCGCGCGCGUAUGUGGUGUGUAAACUUAAGAAAGCAAAGAUGAAUUCGCUAUUUCCUAUCUUUUAUAUUUCAGAAUAAUUCUUUUUUUAAUCUUAUUAACAAUAAAAAAAUAUGUUGUUACAAAACUAUCUUUUAUAAAUGAUUUUUAUAUUUCCUCUUAUUUUAUUAUUGAAAUUAUAAUAUUACAAUGUCCUAAGUUUCACUCGAUUAGAAAUCGAAAAUAAAAUAAAAGGAGGAAAGUAAAAAUUUAGCCAGUCAGUCGUUAUGCGGUACGAACAUUAUUUAUUUCGCGAUCAAAUAAUAGCUUAAUGUUGUAAAACAAUUGUUCGAUCUCACUAUUUUUGUCUCGCUCGUUGUGCGAGGCACAACCAUAUUUCUGAGGAAAUUAAAUAAAAAUUGAAGCAAUUACGCACGCGCCAGCGUCACAAUUCAAUUUCCUAAUUUCGUUUUUUUCUUCAUUUUACUUCGUUUUACUUUGCUCAUAGCAAUAUGAAACAGUCAUACAGAACGUUGCAUCUCCACAUGCAUUAUUUAAUAAUCCAUUCUUUUAAUAAUCUUUUCUUUAUUUUUAUUAUUCUCCAUAAACUUGCUCCAAGCAGACGAAGAAUAUACCUUUCUUCGAAACGCACUCGAAAUUCCUCGAAACGGCCACCCUUUUCGUAAGGAGGAAGGUCCAAGAACGCGUGCAGUGACCCUGACGCACCCUUAACGUCGCGCGUUUUCCCUCGCAACGGCGGUCAUCCCUCCCCGUGUGUGUAACUCCGUUUUCCUGUCGUUUUCCCGGCAUCAAGUCGCGACGCGGAAAAGGGGGGCCUUCGAUGAUCCCCCUCCUGGUGGGGGUCGGCUCUUCCCCUCAACCCCCCUCAUCUGAAUCGCAAGCAGCCUAUCCUCCCCCUCACUCCUCCCAUCGCAGGCGCUCGAUCAAAAUUCCCCCUCUGCCGUACACCCACUCACCUACCCCGACCCAGUGGCCCGCGGAUCACCCCACCCUCGCGGCGCGGCGACCCCGCGCGCCCGUCUCGUCACCGUCGCGCUCGUUCAAAGCGUUCACUCCGUCAGUCUGUCGGCAACCUGUGUACUAGUCGUGUCGCAGCGCUCAUAUAAAAAAAUUAUUAUUAUUACCCAUUGCCCUUUAAUUGCCUUGACACUUGAUCGGUGGUGCGUCGAUUCUCGUUUCGAUUUCGUUGAGCGUCCUUGGUUCUCGACACCGCCUCCUUGCGACUUUGCGUCCAGUUUCCGCUUACCCGCCGAAGAAGAAGUCGCCGUUGCCGUUGCCGUUGCCGUUGCCGUUGCCGCCGUCGCCGUCAUCUCGCACUCGCGCUCGCGCUCGCGCAUGAAACUCGCCACUCGCCGCGCGGACCUUACGCGUGCAACACACUGGGCGUACCGCUAAAGUGGCAGAGAGACAGAAGGCUCUACCGAGGGAGAGAGGGAGAGAGGAAUACGAAUACGUCAAGUACAAAGCCAUCUGCGGACCUUACCCGAAAGCCGGUACCUACGAGCGUCGCUGGUGCUCCGGAGCGUUGCCGCGACCGAACCACCCGGUGCGUGCCAAGUCGCACGCUUCGCGCAACCUCGUUAUCGUCGUCAUCAUCGUCGCCGUCAUCGUCCUCCUCGUUGUCGUAACGCUGUGCGACCGCACGGACCCGUUCGCGCAACCGAGUUGGGGCUCGUCAUCGUCAUCGGCAGACUCGUACCCGUGACCGCACGAGCCGCUGCUCACCGAUAGAUGAACCGUUCUUAUUUAUGAGAGAGAAACGCCGUGGACGUCCUCGUCCGCUCCGCUCCGGCAUCCACCGGGUGUUACCCUGUUCCUCCUCUGCGGCGGGCACGCUGCUGCUGGUGUAUCGAUUGCUCUAAAAUAGACGCGUGGGAACAACACCUGCAGGCCAGGCGUACACGUACACACAUGCCGCUCGCAGGCGCAUAACGCGCAACAGACAACACACGUUUGUGCUCCACGCUCGUACACACGCAUAUAUACGCUCUCUCUCUCUCUCUCUCUUUCGCUCUUUUCCUCUCUCCCUCCCUCUCUCUCUCUCUCUCUCGCUCUCUCUCUCUCUUCUUUGUCUCUCUCUCUCUCUUUCUCUCUCUUUCUCGUCGCUAUCACGAUUCCCUUGCAGCAGCAACGUGUGACAGGUGCAACAACGACGUAGGGUGACCGGAGGUGGCGCUGGUAGAAAGCCGCGGCAGGAAGCGGAAGAAGAAGUGAAUCAGGUCGGAAUUGCAGAAGAACGCGAAGAAGAAAAGAAAGAAGAGGAAAAAGAAGAAGAAGAAGAAGCGACGAAGAGAUAGACGGAAGAGGAAGAAGAAAAAGAAGAAGAAGGAUAAAGCAGAAAAAAGCCGGCUAGGGGAGAGAGAGAAAAAAGGUUGCGUCAGGAAAGGAGAGGAGGCGUGGGGAAGAAGGAGGAAGAGGAGGAGGAAGAGGAGGAGGAAGAGGAGGAGGAGGAGGAAGAGGAAGAGGAGGAGGCAGCCGCGGCGCCUGUAUUUCUCGCAAAGAGAAGGUUAUUUUCCAGUGAUACGUCCUGGAGGCGCCCGUCGUCUUCGCCAGUACAACCAUAACGCCGCCCGCUUUAAAACGACCGAGACGGGACACGGUGGAUUCAUCGCCGCCACCCGCUCGUACCGCAGCCACCGGCAAUCCCGGACCGUCCAACAAACUCACCUGCAUCAUGGACGCGCCGCUAUCGCAGAGCAUGGACUCCGUCAACACGGUGGCCACCGGUGAAGAUGAGGUGCGCACCUUGUUCGUGAGCGGCUUGCCGAUGGAUACCAAGCCAAGGGAACUCUAUUUGCUCUUCAGAGCGUACGAGGGGUACGAGGGGUCACUGCUGAAAGUCACGAGUAAAAAUGGGAAAACAGCGUCGCCAGUGGGAUUCGUGACUUUUCACACGAGGGCGGGAGCGGAGGCGGCGAAACAGGACCUACAGCAGGGGGUUAGAUUCGAUCCUGAUAUGCCACAAACCAUACGUUUGGAAUUUGCAAAAAGUAACACAAAGGUUAGCAAACCCAAGCAACCAGCCGCUGCAGCAGCCACCUCGCACCCCGCUCUGAUGCACCCUUUAACGGGACACCUAGGGAGCCCGUUCUUCCCCGGUGGUCCUGAGUUGUGGCAUCAUCCACUGGCGUAUUCUACGGCCGGCGAAUUACCGGGCACGCUGCAACAUGCAACGCUGGUGCAUCCAGCGUUACAUCCUCAGGUCCCCGCGCCUAUGUCUCUGCCGCAUCCUACAACGCUGACGUCGAUACACGCGUCGCUGCCUCAUUUUCUACCGUCGCCAGCAUUAGCGUCACCGGUUGGUUCGCCCUCAUCGCAGCCGAACAUAGUCAGCAACGCGCAGUGCUCCACCCUCUUCGUUGCGAACCUAGGCCAGUUCGUGUCCGAGCAUGAGCUAAAGGACAUCUUCAGCAGUUUUCCUGGUUUCUCCCGGCUUCGUAUGCACACGAAGGGAGGGUCGCCAGUGGCCUUUGUCGAAUACCAAGACGUUCGCUACGCGGCCCAGGCGAUGGCCACUCUCCAAGGAUCCUUUCUCCUCUCCUCCGACCGGGGAGCAAUACGAAUCGAAUAUGCAAAGUCAAAAAUGGCCGAGGUGGGCUUUACAAAUCUCUGGAUCGAAGGAUCAAAGAGACAAGAAAACGGCCAACCUUAAGAUCGACAUCAACGGCAUGUAAGGAGGUGGUGGACCGGCCGAUCCGCAGGAAACGACAGGAUGCGCUCUCAUCGAUAGGAUAGAAUAUCUACCGGAAAGCGGGACACAUGCAAGGAAGAGACACAUCCACACAGGAGGCCGUACAUCGUCGAGCAGUCGAGGAUUCGUCGGAAGGAGAUUGGAGGAAGCAAACGCUGAAGCACGUAGACACACACAUACAUACAUACAUACAAACGUACACACGCAGGAUAAAGGAAAAAGGGAGAAGCACAGAAAUUGUGAACGUGGCUGGAUGGACAAGGAUUUCGAUUGUCCUUCCAUCCGAAAGACAUAUAUAUAUAUAUAUAUAAAGGCAUAUAUAUAUAUGUGUGUAUGUCUUUAUAUAUGUAUAAAUAUAUAUAUAUAGCGGACACAGCGGACGGUAGGCGAAUUCUGUAAAUUUUUCACGCAGAGCGGAGGCGUGCUAAUUCGCACGACUCUGACGGGGGGCCCAAUGUAAUCACGUAAUAUUCCUAGGCAUGUAUAUUUUUUAAUGAACUUAACUUAUCGAUUCGCGUACCUACCUUUAUCUACUAUUUAUUUUCACUGUGUCUUUGAUCGCGAUCGACGACGACGAAGCGAGAAGAAGGAACAAGUGGAUAACAGAAAAUCACAGAGGGGAAAGCGAAAGAGCGGAGUGAGCGUAGCGAGAAAGCGUAUUUUAUUUUUCACAUACAUUUGUGUAAUGUAAAAAAGGAAGGCACCCAUCGCGACAGUCCUUACACCUUACAUCGUGAUACUUGUUCCACAAGCACGCAUACGUACACACAGACACAUACAAAUACACACACACACACACACACACAGAAUCUCUGGAAAACUUAUUGAGAAAAUACAUCGAGCUCGAGCUUUCUAAAUUAUUAUCAAUGAUACGUUGUUUAAAAAGGCAGGAAAAGGCUUUUUUAAGAGGAGUAUAAUAUCUCGCGCUAAAAUGAGGCUCACUGAUCGAUGCGUGAUUGUAAGCUGUUGCGUGAUGCGAACCUUGGUGGCAGCUCCAACACGAGAAUUAAUUCCACAUACUGAAACGGAACCAAGCGAGGCAAAGACAUCAAGCUUAAUACCAAAGGUGCCCUAAGAAGCAUGUAUUUAUGUUUUAUCAUUGGCGCAUCGCGCGAGGCACGAGCGCACGUACAUUUAACUAUUAUAACUUGUUAAGGGAAGUUUAGUAUCCUAGGAGAGGGUGAGAAUGAGAGGAGAAAAUGAAGAAGAGCAAAGAAACAAGAGAAUCCAGGUGAAAGUAAAAAGAGAAUUGGAUGUGCAAAUGAGAGAGAGAGAGAGAGGGAGAAUGUCUGUGAAAAAACUAGAAAGAGAGAAAGAGUAACUGAGGAAGAACGAGAGAGAGAAAGAAUGAGAUAUUAGUUAAAGUAAUAAAUAAUCUUAUAUAUAUAUAUAUAUAUAUAUAAAUAUACAUAACGAACGCGAACAUAUCAUAGAGUUAAGCUUGUAGAUGAAAAAUUAAAGAACGAUAAGGAAAGAACACGAGCGAUUGCUUCACCGUAUGACAAAGUUGUGUAGUGCGUGUGAAAUGAAGGAGAGAAAGAGAAAGAAAGAAAAGAGAGAGAGAGAAACGCAAGUGGAAGAAAGGAGGAUGGUGGUGUGCCCCGCGCGUCAGAAACGACGGCCAACUCGGCACGUAAUUUGCCCAAGUGCCUUCCUGUUGGUCGAGUCACAAACUGUAAUCGGUAGCGCGUUACAACAUACAUAGGUCUCGUCCCGAUUUUUCGAACUCCAAAAGAGAGAGAGAGUACUACCAGCGGCGCUUCUCUAUACGUGCAAUUGUAUCCGAAAUACAACUCCAAUUCGCCUCUCUGUUGCCCUGUCGCCCUCCUCUUUCCUACCCUCCUUCUCUCUCACCUUCUCGAUGGCGGAAAGCUGCAACGGCACACACUGAAGAUCUCGCAAUGAUUCGGGGAUCAAAGGCGAGUCUUUGGUGAAGUUUUAGUCUGCGAGCGAAACGCGCCCGAUGGUCAAACGAGCUUUGCGAAUAUCUCUAAUGGCUGACGUAGCUGAUAGUAAUUUUUCUUUGACACAUGCUUGGUUUCUUUUCGGCUUCACUGUACUCGGGUUGUUUUUUUAAAAAAACUUCAGAAUUUUAUUUCAAGAAUUGAUAUUAAGAAAAUAAAUACCCAAAUAAGAAAAAGAAGAUACGACUAUUAUAUUGAUAACAAAAGCACAGGGCACAUCGAUAGUUGAAGAAAAUAAUUGGAAGAAAAGCGGAUUGGAAGAAUGCAAACGUAGUAAAACAUUGCGGGAACAGCUUUCGAUAGUUUCUCAUGCAGCAUCCGCCGACGAGUUAUCCAAUUUCACGACCAUUCGAUCACGACCAACUUUCCUAUCCUUCGUUAUAUCACUGGGCAUUUAUUACACGCAAUUAACGCAAAUGGCGGUUAAUUAAAAGAAUGAAAAUAGCUGCCGAUUAACAGUGAAGUAUAUCGAUACUGGCGAUCAUCCACCGCCGCGCUCGGGCGAACUGAUCGAUCAUUCAUUGUCACCGAUCGCCUUCCAUCGUCGUCAUCGAUCGUCAAAAGUCAUGCGCCAGCAUGUUCUUUAUUUCUCUACGGGAAGCGAGUGGAGAGUACUGCGUUAGAAAUAUUAUUCUGCGAUACUGAGACUUGAGGAGCACGCGAUAUAUCGAAUUGAGGUUGCUAGAAAGUAAAAGGAUAACGGAACAAACUAAAAGAAUACUGUUGUCUGGCAAACGUUCAAGUUUCCGUCUUAACCCUUUGCACUCUUGUUUGAGUCCUACUUCACAUAUCAAUGCGUAGAUUAUAGGAUGAAAAGGGUUAAUGAUUAAUAUUUUGUAAUUUUAUGCAUUUGGACUUGAUGCUAUAGCUAAUUAACAAGCUACUGCGAUAAAAUGUGAUUUACCAAACUUUAGAAAGUAUAAUCGUACUAAGUUAUAAUCCUACUGAGGCCUUACAUUUUGCGAAAUAAUAAAAUGGACUGAAAUUUGAAUCGUCCCUCGCAUGAGAGCAUCGAUGAUGUUUGUGUAUUAAAAAAAAAACGCUGAAACGUACAUGCAGUUAAAUCUCACAAAGAAGCUAAAUUUCAUUGGUAUAUUAUUGCAAGCGAAAGAGUUUUUCGGAAAAGAUAAUGUACUGAAAAUCCGAAAUAUGCACGAUUGGCUCUCUUCUUUAAGAAGUAUCAUAAUAUUUUAAUUUGCGAUAUAAAAAAAAUAUAAUAUAUAUAUUAAUAUUAAUAAGAGCGCAAAGGGUUAAUCGGAUGCAUUAAGUAUCAAAGAUGAAGACUCGGAAAACUCUCGUUAAGAGCUUCGAAUCCGUCGGCGAUGGUCCAGAAAGAAGACAAAUAUCUAGCGAAAGAGAAGAGAUAGGAGGGGAAAUGUAGCGAGGAGGAUAACAAGGACUGUAGAAAAUAACUUUAGAUAAUGUGGCCGUGAUCGCUCGAGUACGAUCGCGAAGGAUGAUCGUCGAUCAUGGAAAAAUACGAAGGUGCGGCGCGGCAAACGCAUUACUCGAUGUAUUUAAUAAUAGUUCGUUAUUUUGUAAUUAACGUUAAGAGGCGAAUUCGUCGUUAUCCACAAUCGGAUUCGAUGAAUCGUUAGAUUGAAUUUUAAAGUGCUUUACAAGUGAAAUAACACAUAUCAGUAGAUAGUACGCUAUUAUUACAUUAACAUAGAGUGGUAUUCACAUAAGGAUAUUAGAGAUUAAUAUAAAAUAUAAAAAAAUAUAUAUAUACAUAUAUCUACAGAUAGAUAUAUAUAUAUAAAGAAAAAUAUAUAUAUAUAUAAUUAUAAAAUAUCGCGCGACACGUUAAAGUACAGGGGUGAAAAGUACAUGUCAAUCAGAUAUUUUGUACCGUCUCUAGGAAAUUAUUCUAGCGAAUCUGAUUCAUUUGUUUUUGAUAAAUAUAUAUAAUAUAUGCGUAUAGGCAUAUGAAUACAAUAUAGUGGAAGCGAAUCAUGUGUAAUGUGUACCGAACGCGAAUGUGUUCGGCAUCCCAAAGGAUCAUUUACUGAGCGGGAAACUCGAAGAAAAUCGUACAGUCAACAUUCGAUGAAUGUAAAUGAGAAAAUUAAUUUUUUUAUUGCAGAUUAGAAAAUAUAGAAAAUAUCGAAGAUAUAAAGAUAUAUUAAUUUACGAAUUAUAUAUAGUUCAUAUCUUAAAGGUAAAUAUAUAUGAAGAUAAAUAUCUAUACAUAUCUGCACUUUUCUCAUAAACGCAAGAAUUCAUGGACCAAAAGAAUGAACAAGUACAUAAUGCAAAUGCUUUAAAACGCGUUCUCAGAAUUUAUAUUUUUAACGCACAUAAUUCACAAGACGAAGUAUUGCAACUUGCAACAGCUUGAGUUAUAAUCGAUCGUACGAUUUUCUCUUCGAGGAAACACGCUCCCGUGGUAAUGACAUCGAAUCCUCGGUCCACAUGAUUGAUCCACUGUAUGUUUCGGAAAAAAAUUACAACUUCAGUGGCGUAUGCAUGCUGGAAGCAUCUCAAAAUUUUAUCUACAUAUAAUGAGAACUUGGCGCCCGUGUAAAGCUGAAAACUGAAAAGAGAGAAAAAGCGAAAUCAGAGAACACGAGAUCACCAAAGAUGUAUGGCAAUGUAUCUCAAUCCAAAGAUUACCGAUAAACCUCACAAAGAUAAUGUCACGCUGUGAAAGAACACUAAAAUGUACCACUCGAAUUCGCUAAGUUCUAAAUCGAUCUACCAUAACAACAGCGCCCAAUAAAAAAGAUCGGAGACGGACGUGCGAAUCGCGCGGAAACAUAAUCUGCCUUCGCUUUCGGCUUCUUCUUCGCAGAUCUCGAUUCCGUCCUCGUAGGAAAGUCCUGCGGCAGGAUUGAUCUUCGAGAUUCCAAAGUCUUUGCGUUAUUGCAAAACUGCUCGACAGUAGUUGCCACUUUGUUUUUUUAGCAUCGUGUUUACCGCUAAGCAUAAUUAUUCAGCUUGUGAGAUUUCAUUGAUUGAUUAAUGUCAAAUCAAGACUAAAAUUGGAUAGUCGUUCUUGUUCUAUUAGAUGCAUCAAGCGAUAGAGAGACAUCGAUGGAAUUACAAUUGUCAGAAAUCAUUUGCAAUCCAAUCUUUAAUCUUUUCACAAAACACAUUUUAGGAUCGAUGACGUUAAAUGGUUAAAUCAUCCUGCCGAUGUGAGAAAUGCUUGGGAAAUGAUUAGGCGCGGAAACAACGUGAUUGAACAAACGAAAUUAUUGAACGUUACGUUUCAUUUAUUACGAUAAAUAAAUAAAUAAAUUGCAAGAUAGAAAUUUGUCGAUAUCGAAAGGGCUAAGGGAUAGGUAUUUGCACGCUCAUAUGGCAACCAAAAUUAAUGACACUCCUUUUAUCCUGACCACACUCUGAAAGUACGGUUCACCGUCGGAUAAUUUCGUCGGGAUACUGAAACGGAAAGUGAAAGUGAAAGUGAAAAAGCGUAUGUAAAGCAAGGCUAAAAACGUAUGUAUGCGUUAUACCUAGAUCAAUUUUUUAACGCGCGAGUUGCGAGAUACUGCGGAUUUGCCGCGGCGGCAGAUGUAUCGAGUAACGAACAAAGUCUCGCAUAUAAAAUAUAUAUUUCGCAUCUUGACCGGUGCGAAAAGGGGGAUUUAUACAUUCCAGAAUGACAAAUGACCCACAAAGAGACGUAUGAUAACUUGAAGGAACGAAAUGCUUUCCUAUUAUCUGAAUACGAUUUUAAUAACGGACUCGAGCAGUCGCACGAACGUGUAACGUCGUUCUAAUAUCGAAUUAUAUCGUACGUCGCGAUGUUUUAUGGGGUUUUAUAAGCUCGCAAAGUAGAGGUAGUUAAGUAAUCAUAGACUGUUCUACAUAGCUGUUAAUCGUGAUUAAUCACGUGCGCUUUCUGUGGUAUUUAGUUGAUCUGUCAUUGAUGUUACAUUCGUCUGACGAAGCGACGUAAGUAAAGACGAAGUUCGGCGAAUAUACAUGUAUCGUGAAUAGACUUCGACAUCUCGACAAGCAGCUGCGAACAGACAUCUAUAUUUUUUUCCAGUAGAAUUUUCAUUAGAGAACGUUCGAAAAUGUACAUUGCAGUAACGCUCCUUGAAGAGCAGCGUAUUUAGUUUACAUGAAAAUUAUAUAUUAUUAUAUAAUAUUUUUUUCAGUAAUGGAAUCAGACGUGUGAGAGUAUUUGAGUAGAUUUCUAGUAAUCAAUAGGAUGUCUGUUCGGCGCCAGCGACCGAAAUCAGAGUAAUUCUUUAUCUGGAAAUAAUUCGAGUAAUCAAGCGGCUCGGAGACGCACGUAUGUGCGGGAUCGAGGAUAGAGUUAAUUUUUACACUACUAUUGUUACAGCUUAAUCAUGAAUUUGAUUUGUUAUUUAGCAGCAGUAUACAAGCGGCUUGCGAAUCUCUAUUAAAGAUUAUGCUCGAGUAAUUGUGCGUGAUCGCUCAGCGUAGCGAAGCUGUUUAAUCAGAUACAUAAUCGCUGUUGUGCGAAAUACCAAAUACCGAGCAGUGCACUGGAAUGAUUAAAAAUUAUUAUUGGGAUAUAUAAGAAUUGGAAUUCUAAAAACGAGAUGAAAUUAAGAUCGCGCGGAGUUAAGAGAGUGUGUUAAAUAAAUGUACUUUGUAAAAUCAUAUAGGAAGAAAAUUCAAUCCAGGUUGUACUGGAUUGUGGAGAGGCUAAAUAACAAAAAUUCAACAUAGACGUUAAACCAGUAAUUAUUAAUUACAUAAUCUAUUAAUUAAUUUUUUAAUAGGGCAUUCAUUAGCUUUUUAUAUAUAUCAUGUGAUUGUAUUAUAUUUAUUUAUAAAACUGUGUUAGAGGGAAAUUGAUAUUAUUAUUACGUCGCUUUGCAACUUUUUGCCUGAAUUUUUCUGUAAAUCUGAGUAAUUUCUUCUCUAAGGAAUUUCGAAUUUUCUUCGAGCGAGAAAGAAGUCAUUUCGCGCGAUCGUUCGGCAUCCUCGCGUUGAUCCUCUAACUUGAGAAAUUCGCUCAGUAUUUCGAUGCAUUCCUUCGAGACGAAUAUUCUUUGAGGUAUGAGUACCUGAAAUUCUAUUUGAUUAUUUAUUAUUUGCGCGACACGUGCAAACAAUCCCAAAGAGUGAAAGAUGUUACUUUGCGUCUUUAUGCGAAAAUAUUCUCGUGAUUAUUAUAAUCAUCGUUCAAGAGCCGAGAAUCGACGAGUACUAGUUGGUCCUUGUCAAUUAUUGUCAAUUGCCGUUUUUUUACCUUGUCGCACGAAUUGUAUUGAUAAUCACAUAGUCAUUACGAUACAUUAUGAUGCAUUCAUCGGGAUGAAUCAAAUUUGGCUUCAAAUAUAUCAUAAAUCACAUAACAUGAACAGAAAGUAUUUCCAUUGUGCAAAUCUUAAAAAUUAAUUCUUUGAAAUUCUAAUUGAUUGUUUCGUUGCAGAAUAUAUUUCGAUAAAUGCCGUAGAAAAAUCGCAAAGAUCAUCAAUCUAACUGGCGUUUUUUUACAAGCGCUGGUAAUUUGACUUAAAAAUUCGGAGGGCAAUGAUUGGAUGAUUUAUGUCACCGUGAAUUACAACACGAUUAUUCGUUUCCAUCACCUGUUCAUUGCUACUAAUUUAACUGUAUAGUUACAAUGUAUCACAUAUGUAAUGUAUUUAUUUUUUCAAUUUUUAUAGAGGAGGAGCAUUGAAUUAUGCAAGCAUCUUUUAAUUCCGUGUUGCAACACAACGUAAACUGUGUCUCAAGUCUGUAUCUGGAUUGUGCAAUGAAAUUUUCGUGAAUUCCGUUCACCAUGGCAUAAUUCCAUCCAAUGAUCGACGACGGCCCUUACACCCGUCCAAGUCGCGAUCGCAAGAUCGAAUCACAACGACGAUUACGUCAAGAUCGAGAUCACAAAUUCGAAGGGAGGUUGUGCGUACGAGCGAGAAGAAAAGGGCGCCUAGAAAAGGGGGUUUUCACAGUAAUCGGAUAUCGAACAGUACAGUACUUAUUUAGAGGAUCUUUCGAGAUGAAAAGAGUUGGAACUUAUAAUCGCUUAGUUGAUUAUUUACGCGUCUGCGUGUAUGUGUCGUGUGUGUAUUGUUGUAUGCCUCUGCAUGAGUGUACGUGCAUCCGUAUUGUACGUGUGUAUAUGCGUGCGAAUCCGUGUUCAUGAAGGCGUUUGUAGACGGUGAUACAGCCGGAUGUCUACACGACGAACUGUGGUACUUCGUACCAAGCAGCUUCCGGUCGCGGAGCCGGAUCUUUUUGAGGAAAUUAUGUGAACGCGAGAUGUAGAACGCGAGAAGAGUCGCUCAUCCUGAUCUUGAUCUUGCUUUGGAAAAAUAAUGUAAUAUUCAUGAGGCGUUCCAAAGUCAAGAUAAACAUGGGGAACUCUUGUUGCGAACAACCGCAGGAGUAAUUUAUUCAUCUGUCAACGAAAGUUAUACCGAUAUUCCUGAUCUUGUAAAUCGUGAUGAAUUAGACGAACGGUUUAUACGGAGACGAGACGGGAAUUCUAGAAUUAUAAGCUUAUUCUCUUUAUAAGCGUGUUCAUAGUGUGAUCCGUGGAGUCUCAUGUUGUUACAGACCUCGCCGAUUCCGCUUUCUGGAUAUGCGAAUUGCCGAUUUAUACACGUGUUUGCGGAUUAAUACCAAAAUUACGAAUAUCCGUAUAUCUGGUAUCCGUGUGAAGACAUGAAUUUAUAAUGUUUUCACUUCGAACGAAUCCGUAAAUCUGGGUAUUUCUAAGUCUGUAGAGAUAGAAUUUACGCUCAGGUGGAUUUUAUGCACGCAUAUUGUGUUACACCCGAUGUAUGCCCCGGUCCUGCGUGAUUGGAGUCUGCAUUUUCGCAGAUGCUUCAAACAAAUUAAAAAAUAUGAACGCGUAAAACAUUAUUAAAUCGUCUUUACUAAUCUUCUGACAGGGUCAAUGCUCGGAAUAUGAAUUUAUUCCAACACAAAUUCGCGUUUGAGCGAUAUGAUUGAUGAUGAUUUUAAGUUUCGCACACAUUCCACGCAGUCGAAAGAUUGAAAUUAGUUGAUCGCUGUUAAUGCUAAAUGCGCGUUGUGAAUACACCUUGAGAAUUUUAAUCGAACUUUAACACGCACGUUUUGUAAUCGCUGUUUCGUGAAUAUGCCAAAGACAAACCUGCGCAAUAAAUGCUGCGAUAUGCGCAAUCUGAGUUGGGAGGGAGAGAAACGGGAGAGAAAAAAAAGAGAGAAAUGAUAGAGAGAAAGGGAGGAAGAAAGAGAAUAUGACAAUCACACGAAUCACAGGAUCGAACAGUAACUGAAGAUACUAGGAUCGUUCAAUUUGAAUCGCUCAAUUUGCAGUGAAAAAAAUACCGAAGAGGAAAUACAUAACUGCUUUUGAUACUUAUACACUGUGCAGCGAUGUGUACAAUAUUUCAAAAGUAAUAAAAAAUGCGCGCCCUUAUAUUCCUAACAUAUCAAAAGCGGCGAAAUCAAUCGAUCAUUCACGAUGCAUUCGUUAUCAAAUGUAUGCCAGAGUACUCUGUUUUUAAUUAUUAUUUAUGUUAAUAAUUUAUCUCAAUAAUUAUUAGUUUUAUUCUGUUUCACAGAAUUCUGUUUAUAAGUAGAAAA